CAAACCAAAAAACAACCAAGAUGCGCGCCUUUAUCGUAAGUGGUUUUAACCAGGACUUCCCAGUGAUCUUAGAAGUAAUGGAUAUACCCUCGUUUCCUGUAGGUCAUGUGCCUGGUGGCCGUCGCCUGCGCCGAUAAGCUCGGCUACAACUACCAGCCCGUGGGCCACUCCAGCUCUGGACUGUCCUUUGCCCCAGGAAGUGGUGGCAGCAUUGGAGGAGGAUCCAUUGGCGGAGGUUCCAUCGGAGGAGGCAGCAUUGGAGGCGGCUCUAUCGGAGGAGGAAGCAUUGGCGGUGGCUUCAUUGGAGGCGGUUCCAUUGGAGGUGGCUCCAUCGGAGGUGGUUCCAUCGGAGGAGGCAUCGAUUCAGGUCUUGGAGGUCUGAGUGGUCUUGGUGGUCUGGGAGGUGGCGAUGCCUUGAGUGCCCCUGUCUCCUACAACGCCCCCGCUCCCUCUGCCGAACUCGAGAAGGAGUUCUUCACCUUCACUGCCAACGAGCAGGACUUCGAUGAGCCUCAGGAACUCGAGCGCGUGGCUGGAUCCGUGAACAAGGGCCUCCGUGUUGUCUUCAUCAAGGGACCCGAGAACCGUGGCCUGGAGAACGCCGCUCUGGCUCUGGCCAAGCAGGCUGCCCAGCAGGAGACCGCCAUCUAUGUGCUGAACAAGCAGGCUGACAUCGGAGAUCUUGCCCAGAAGUUGAACGCCAUCAAGAGCAACUCGAACAACAAGCCCGAGGUUCACUUCGUCAAGUACAGGACCCCCGAGGAUGCCGCCAAUGCCCAGCGUGCCAUCCAGUCGCAGUACGAUCAGCUGGGAGGAUCCUCCCAGGCUCACAACGGUGGCGUGGCCUCCGCCCUGAACUUCGCCUCCGCUGGACCAGUGCGUCAGGCUCAGGCCCAGAUCCCCGAGAACUCCUACCUGCCCACUUCGGUCUUCCGUCGUCGUUUGUAAACACUUUCCAACGACUUUGUGAUGAUGUCGUGGCCUGUUCUUGUUAAAACUUAUUGUUGAAACCUAUUGAUAAAUAAUAUAAAAUUUGAAAAAUUAA